AUGGCUUUUCUAGUCGCCCCGCAACCACUUCAGGUCAAGGUCGGACCAGAACCCACACCGGAGCAAACCUUCGAGUUCUUGGGACCUAUCCCUGAACAAAGAAAUGACCUUCUGCAUCUAAGCGCCAAGGGAGACGCUGCUAUUCCGGGGCUUCACUUUGACACAGUCAAAUACCGCAGAGGGCCUAGUCACGACGCGAAAGAAGCAUUUCGAUCUAAAUUGCUAAGCCAACUUCGCCAGGUGUGGAAGAACAACGACACCGAGACCCAAUUCAUCAAGCUUGCAAACCUUCUUGAGGCCGACGGAUGCACUUUGUUCGGCGGCCUCAUUGAUGUCUGCAGAUUCGAGAAGCUGAUCCAGGACUACGAGGGGAUCCAACAACGAACAGGAAGCGCAUCUUUCCUCCACUCGUACGCUAACCUAGCCGGCAAUCCAGGCUUUAUCAAGAAUCUCGAGUACAAUGACGCAUUUGUACAUCCGCUCCUCGUGGCUUUGAUUGCGUAUUGUAUGGGCGGUGCGGUUCGCAUCAUAGACAUGCGCGGCAAGGAUACGGUCCCUCUGUCUGCCAAUGCUCAAGACAACAUGCUCCAUAUCGACAAUACUCCUUUUAAAGAUGAAUACAAAGUCCUUGUAAUCUGGAAAAAAGGCGAAGCAAAGGGUCCGUCAGGUCAGAACUUCGCCUACCUUCCCGGUACUCACCGCGGUAACCGUGAUAUAUUUAUCGACGGAUCCGGCACGCCUUUUUCAACGGAAAGGGAGAACCUUUUCGGCAGCCACGAGGCUAUAGACCGGCUCUUUGCCUUCCAGAAAAAGGCCACAGGCCAAGGCCCCACGGUGGUGGAGAUAGAGUACCCUGAAGAGCCUGUGACAUUACUCUUUGCGGCUGGCGGACUGGUGCAUCAUCGCUAUCGAACUCCACAUGGCGAACCUCGAAGUUGCGUGAGCGCUGCCUUUCACCUCGCUAGCGAUAAUCCUGGUGCACUUGUUACUGGACUAUCUACGGACGACCUACCUGGGACCCUUACCGACUUCAUGAUGCAUCAUCAGGGCUCAGGCUCGAAUGACACAUUCCUCGCCUUGCUUUCAGCUGAGGCCGAGCGCGUCGAAGCCAAGAUUGCGGAAAUAACUAAUACCUCUGCUAAAACUCAAAUAAUCGAUACCUCUGGUAUGCGCCUCUCAAAAGAGCAAUUACAAGCCUGGCGUGACGUCGCAGUCGCGGCCCCAUCGGCUUCGUCAAUCAAAUUCCGCCGCGGCGUCUACGUCUCCGACGCCCUGGGACAUAGCGCCGAGCAUCUCGCCGAAAAGCUCCUGUCGGCAAUGAUGUACGAUAAACACGGUUUGUUACAGCUGAUUCUAUACGAGGACGGCCGCGAGGAGACGCGCAAACUAGCCCGCAAGUGCAUUGGCGAGAUGAGAAAAGAGGAGAUUGCAAUCCGCCUCGCCACCUGGUUGCCAGUCCUUAUGGAGCACCCUUUGACUGUCAAGGAUAUUCCUGAACCCGGACUAUUGAGGGAGUUGACCGAACAAAUCGGCGCGGUAGGGAACCUGAGAUUACAGACAAUCGAGGCCCAGACGGAUGACAUAAAAGCCAACAGGGUCAUGUUUGAGUCGCUGCUGCGCUUGAUAGAUGACCUGGGCGAGGCCUUGCAGCGAUGUGAGCGUCCGGAAACGUACGCGUCGACUGUCCUCUACCUAUUCUGGGCUGUAGAUGGCAUAGCUCCAUUCCUUGACGAAUCUUCCAAAGAGAAUGCCCUUCGCGGUGCGGCGGUCUUAUUGCGCUAUUAUGUCGCAUAUUUGUUGCUACUUGAGGCUGAGGAAAAUGCAGUUGACACCUCGGCAUGA